CUUAUUUUUCAAAUCUAAUCUGUAUAUAAAUAUAACUCAUAACAGAUCCUUGUACUAACAAUAGUUUCUACAUCGAAACACACACUAAGAAUACAGAAUGACGUCGUCUAUCUUCUUGAUUUCUCUUCUUCUUCUCUCUCUUUUGUCAGCUGUUUUCUCAGAUGACGCAUCUUUCCACAAACUUCCGGUGCCCGGAAAGAGGUCAGGCCCUGAAUCUUUUGCCUUCGAUUCCACCGGAAAAGUUUUCUACACCGGAGUCUCCGGUGGUAAAAUCCUCAAGUAUACCCCCGACAAAGGUUUUGUCGAUUUUGCCCAGAUCACUAAGUCUUCAACUUCUUCAUGGUGCAAAGGAGUAUUUGGAACCGCAAUGGCCAAGAAAUGUGGCCGACCUGCGGGGAUAGCCUUCAACCCAAAGACAGAUGACCUUUACGUCGCUGAUGCUCCAUUGGGUCUUCACGUUAUCCCUCCCGCCGGAGGUUUGGCCACAAAGAUCGCUGAUAGUGUUGACGGAAAGCCCUUCAAGUUCCUCGACGGUCUUGACGUUGAUCCCACCACCGGCGUCGUCUACUUCACUUCUUUCAGCUCAAAGUUCAGCCCCAGCGAAGUGUUUAUCGCAGUGGGUGUAAAAGACGCGAGUGGAAAGCUCUUCCAAUACGACCCUGCGACCAAAGCAGUGACUGUAUUAAUGGAAGGUCUAAGUGGUGCGGCAGGUUGCGCCGUGAGCUCAGAUGGUUCAUUCGUACUGGUUAGCGAGUUCAUAAAGAGUAACAUCAAGAGAUAUUGGAUUAAAGGACCAAAAGCUGGAUCUAUUGAUGACAUCUUCUCAAGUGAUGUCUCGAACCCCGACAACAUCAGGAGGAUCGGUUCUACUGGAAACUUUUGGGUCGCUUCCGUCAUUAACAAGGUCGUGGUGCCCACGGACCCUUCGGCUGUCAAAAUCGAUUCUAAUGGAAAAGUGCUUCAGACAAUAUUUCUCAAGAAUGAGUUUGGUAAUACUUUGCUCAGUGAAGCCAACGAGGUCGACGGCAAAUUGUAUAUUGGAACUCUUACUGGACCUUUUGCCGGAGUUAUGAAACUUUAGACUGGUAUUUAGCCUAGGCCUGCGAUUUCGGUUUUCCGAAACCGAACCGAACCGAAUUUUCGGUUUUCGGUUAACCGGAUUUCUUAAAACUAGUUCCGAAGAAAACCGAAAUUAAAUUCGGUUCGGGUCGGUUCGGAAAUCGGUUUUGUUCGGUUUUCAACUUAUUUCCGAAAGUAACC